UGGAGAAAAAGGCACGCUGAUCUCGUGUUGUUUUGGGUAUCUAUAAGCAACUGCACCAGCAGAUGCUCCUUUUCAGCAGUAUCUGCUAACCGCCUCUCAAACGCUUGAUCUGCCGCAAUUUCAGAGCAGGGUUCCCCGAAAGGAAAGGAAGGGGAAGGGACCGAGCCAGCUGUUUUCAUCGGCGCGAGACGUGCACCGCACUCUGAUUGCGGCGUUGUUUCUGAUUGCGGCGUUGUUUCCACCGCGCUCUUCCAGGCCAGGCGCUUGCGUGAAAUGUGCCAUUGCCGGGCGUCCAGCUUUUGGGAACCACUCAUCCGCUGGCCCAGGGGCGACACGCCGGAGCGGUUUCGGUGUCGCCGAGGAGGCGGAAACGGUCCCCGGAGCAGUGCGGGGAAACCUCUUGGAGGGGAGACUCCUUUGAGGCGACCGUCGCCUUCGACCCGCGCGUUGCAAAAAAAGAAGAAGCGCGACGUCAUUUCAGCCGGCGCGCGCGACGAGGCUUGCCGGGCUUGCAUUGCCGACCCCGCUCCCUCCCUUUCCUCGGGCCCAAACGCAGGAGGGAGUCGAGCCGCUCCCUCCCUCCCUCCCUCCGGCCGACGAUGACUUCACCCUCCGCCAGCCGCAGCCCCGACUGCGACUGCCUUCUGGCCCUGGUGCGGACGGACGUGCAAGGCGCGUGGUCCCAGCAGCCUCCACAGAGCCCGCGCUUGAUCAGGCUGAGGAUGGGAAUGACUGAGAAAAUGCCAGGUGUGGGACUGGAAUGCUGGCCCUCAACAAGCCAAGAGUUGAGAUUAUGGGCAUGAUUUUCAGUCAAAGGUCUCACCAAGUAUACACCUCAAACGACCAAUGCCAACUUCACAAUUUUGAAGGACAGCGGCAGGUUACUUUCUGUGAUGAUGAAUCUGACGGAGUUGGCUGAAACAAAAUGGACAGAUCACUCAAAUUCCUCAACACAACUGCCUUCACCAUCUUGGGGCAGCAAUGACUCCUUUUCUUUCCAAGAGGAUCUUCAGGAGAUAAUCCACACAGCCACUUUAGUUACAUGUACCUUCCUGCUGGCUAUCAUUUUCUGCUUAGGUUCUUAUGGCAACCUUAUUGUUUUUUUGUCCUUCUUUGACCCAGCUUUCCGGAAGUUCAGGACCAACUUUGAUUUUAUGAUCCUCAAUCUGUCUUUCUGUGACCUUUUCAUCUGUGGAGUGACUGCCCCCAUGUUCACCUUUGCUCUCUUUUUGGAUUCUGCAGCUGGUAUCCCUGAUGCUUUCUGUUUUACCUUCCACCUUACCAGCUCUGGGUUUAUCAUCAUGUCCCUCAAGACAGUGGCUGUUAUUGCCCUUCACCGAUUAAGCAUGGUGUUAGGGAAGCAACCCAAUCGGACUGCCUCCUUCCCUUGCACUCUACUGCUUACCCUGCUCCUCUGGGCUACAAGCUUUACUCUGGCCACUCUAGCCACCAUGAGGACCCAUAAAUCUCGUCUUUGCCUUCCUAUUUCCAGCCUGAUCAGUGGUGAGGGAAAGGUCAUCCCUUAUUUGUAUGUUAUUGAUUUCAUCUGCUGUGUGACAGUGGUUUCAGUUUCUUAUAUCAUGAUAGCGCAGGCCUUGAGAAAAAAUGCCCAAGUGAGAAAAUGUCCCCCCAUCAUCACAGUUGAUGCCUCCAGGCCUCAUCCUUUUGUUGGAACACUUGCUACUGGUUGUGUUGAUGGGGUUCAGUGCACUGUGCCAGCUCUGUAUAGAAACCAAAACUAUAACAAGCUGCAACACAUCCAAACACAUGCAUACAUGAAGAACUUUGGCCAGCUCUCUGCAUCUGCAGCCAGCAGAUUCCAAUUGGUGUCCAUAAUUAAUUUGUCCACGGCCAAGGACUCUAAAGCAGUGGUGACUUGCAUUAUUAUUGUCCUUUCUGUUUUAGUUUGCUGCCUUCCACUGGGCAUUUCUUUGAUACAGGAUGUUUUGUCCAGGAACAAUGGUAUUGUGCUUUAUCAAUUUGAGUUGUGUGGAUUUACACUGUUUUUUUUAAAGUCUGGAUUGAAUCCUUUUAUAUAUUCCCGUAACAGUGCUGGCUUAAGGAGGAGGGUCCUUUGGUUUAUACAGUACUUGGCCUUUGUUUUUUUCUGUUGUAAACAGAAAACACGGCUUCAAGCUGUGGGCAAAGGGGGUCUGGAGGCCAACAGAAAUAAAUCAUCUCACCAUGAGACCAAUUCAGCUUAUAUGCUAUCUCCAAAGCCUCAGAAAAAGUUUGUGGACCAAGCGUGUGGCCCUAGUCGCUCUAAAGAAAGUGUGCUGAGUCCUAAGGCUUCUGUUGGCCAUUAUCAUUAUGGAGGAGGGCAGAGUAGUUCUACCCCCAUGAAUACCCGCAUUGAACCUUAUUAUAGCAUUUAUAAUAGCUGCCCUUCUCAGGAAGUGAGCACUCCCAACAGCUUGCAACCAACAAACUCGCCAUUCAGAUAUGCCAACUCCUACAUUGCCAUGCAUUAUCACCCUACAAAUGACUUGGUGCGAGAUUAUGACAGUACUUCUGCUAAGCAGAUACCAGUGCCCUCCGUGUAGCUGGUGGGAACCGGCAGUGUCCAAUGUUCUACCACAAUGGUGGCUAUCCUAUCUUGGCAAGUUGUGUCAUGAGUCAUCCAUAUGAUAUUGUAUCACUAUUGCAUGCGCAUGACUGUUCAGCCCCUCCAUGCAUUAAGUUGGUUUUGCUUCAGGCAGGCAGCAGCCGGGCUAGGAAAGAUAAGACUGCAAGCUUCAUGCCUUAGCCAGGCUUCUAAGUUCUCCUGUAUGUGUCUUGCAAAUUACUAUCCCAUGUUUUGCCGGUUUCAUUAGUAGUGUUUCUCCUUUUUAAAGAUUUCUGCGUGUCUUCAGUAUUAUAACCCCAGAAUUUUUUUUCUGGACUCCAGCAAAGAUCCAUUUUUUUAAAACAAAAAAAGUCUGCUACCACAAAUCACUGGUGUUUUGUGUUCUUUAAUUGAAUCAGAUUUGCUUUCUUGUUUAUAUGGUGAGUGCUUGAAAAUGUAUGUUUUACAAAGUUACUUUUUAAAAGAUUUCUAUUAAGAGUUAUGUCUAUUAUUGAUUUAGCAUGGAACAUUUUUUUCCAGAUGACAGUUAUGUUAGUUAUGUACAAAGAUAAAAAUAAGUUAUAAAAUUUAGUAUCCAAUUCAGAGUUGUGGGAUUUCUUUUGUGAUUUCCUCUCAUUCUAUUGACAUUUGCUUAGCUGACUUUUUCAAAAACAGAAACUGAAUCAAAGCCAAUGUAGAUGGAGCGCUGGGAGCAGGGGUG